GCCUCUGUAGUGGUUGACAAGAGGCAGUCGCCCUUCUGCAACGUGCACAGACUCCAAGGUUAUAUAUGGCCUCCAAUCAACUACUUGAAGCUAUGUCCCAUCGACGUUUUACACCGCUUGAGUACUUAGUCUUUGCUGGCCUACAUCCUGCCUCCAACGUUCAGGCAUGACAGCCUCGCUACAGGACGUCGUGGCAUGGCUAAAACGCGAACUCAACUUCUUUCGUGUGCACCUUUUGUUCUUCUUGAUUGUGCCAUUGAUAUCUGCUGUCAUCUUCUGGGCGGCCAAUGGCAGAUUCCACAUUCCUUUCAUAGAUGCCUUAUUUCUGUGCUAUUCAGCCCUUACUGUCACUGGUCUGUCCACCAUCAACUUGAGCACAUGUACUGCGUUUCAGCAGGCUAUUCUCUUUUUUCUCAUGUGCAUCGGGAAUGUGACCAUAGUCGCAUGGGUCAUGGUCCUCAUCCGGAAGCGUUACUUCAGACAGCAUUUGCAAGAUCGUCACGAUAAGGAACGAUUCCGAACUAGAGUCACCAAAAAGCUAUUACGUUUUGCCCAUUUCAAUGGUUCACAGGGUCCCCAGAUUCUUGUGAACGGGAAUGAUACGCAAGACCCAACGUCACCUGGAGCAAUUCGCAUAAAUCCUGCUGAUGGCAUUGGUGCCGCGCUUGUGGCUGGAGGAGGCACUGAGAUUGGCUUAGGGCUUGCUCUGGCGAAGAUUCCCUCCCCUAUCGACACCAGUGGACAUCUUUCUCCGAUGCGAAACUCACAGCAAAGUGACCGAGCCAACUUGGCCAACGGUAGAUCGAUUCUUUCGGAUGAUGAGGUUCAGUCCCCAACUUCACUAAGAGAGUCCAUGGAAAUUCCUGAAGCAGGAAUUGUUGCCAAUGCGCAUUCAUUCACAUCUUCCCCUCGCUCAGCGGCAAUGCCAUUACAAUACCCAAUAUCACCUACGUCGCACUCUGUCAGGUUUGUUGCGCUCCCACAAUUGAGGCAGAGGCCAGGUGUCCCUACGCCACGGCGACAGCGGACAAUGAUUAUGCCUCCGACGAAAUCAGAUACACUGGAUGCGAACGAACUCGGUAUGCGAGGCAAAGAUCAAGGUCUCGGCGGCUUUCCUGGACCCAUCCAGGUGUCCGCGAAACUUGCCCACCGGUUCUGCCCCGAGCUCUAUGCAAGACUUGAGAAGCUCUUGCGCAGCGAUGGUGAUAAAGGCAUGAAGUGGCUGCAGAAGGAAUUCGAGAAUCUCAUUGUUGGCCGAAAUUCCAACUUCAACACGGAUGAACUCGAUGAUGAGGAUCUUGAGAAGCUCGGUGGUUUAGAGUACAGAGCCCUGCGUUUGCUGAGCUAUUUGGUUUUCUUCUACUUCGUCGGGACACAGCUCAUUGCCUUCACUCUCAUCGCGCCCUGGUUGGCUACCACUCACCAAUACGACGAUAUAUUCGACGCUCAACCCCGUCUCGUGAAUAAACCAUGGUUUGUCGCCUUUCAGGUGGUCGGGGCUUACACAGGUGGCGGCAUGAGUUUGGUUGACUCUGGAAUGGUUCCAUUUCAACAAGCGUACCUCAUGCUCUUUUCCAUGAUAUUCGCAAUUCUGGCUGGAAAUCAUGGACUGCCGAUAUUCCUUCGUCUAUCUAUCUGGAUCCUGACGAAGUUUGUACAAGACGGCUCAACUGCAGAUCAAACGUUGCAUUUCCUUCUGGAUCAUCCUCGACGAUGCUUCCUCUAUCUAUUCCCUUCACAUGUUACUUGGUUCCUUACUGCGACUCUCGUCUUCUUCACAGCUAUUGAAUGGGCGUCCUUCAUCGUCUUGGACAUCGGACUAGCUGUGACACAAUCGUUACCUGUCGGAGCUCGGGUUGUCGCUGGCCUAUUCCAGUCUUUCGCUGUGAGAGCGUCUGGAUUUGCUAUCGUUUCGUUGUCAUCUUUAGCACCAUCUUUCCAAUUCCUGUGUAUCAUCAUGAUGUACAUCGCUGUAUAUCCGGUGGCCCUGAGUAUCCGCUCAACAAACGUAUACGAGGAGCAAAGUCUAGGCGUGUUUGAGCUUCCACCAGAGGAUGAAGACGAGGAGCCGGAGCUUGGAGAAGGACAAGGAUCUCGGCGAGAACGUAUUGGCAAGUACUUCGGUUGGCAUCUCCGAAGACAAGUAGCCUAUGACAUCUGGUGGCUUGUGUGCGGUAUCUUCCUCAUUUGCGUGAUUGAGCGAACCAAGAUUAUGGAUGAUAACAAUGCUCCAUGGUUUAACCUGUUCCGCAUAGUGUUCGAGCUGGUCUCGGCGUUCGGAGGCAUUGGGCUGACGCUAGGGAUACCUACUGAGAACUUCGCGUUUUCGGGAGCCUUCGGCCCUCUGUCGAAACUUGUUGUUAUUGUUAUCAUGGUACGAGGGAGGCACCGUGGACUUCCCGUUGCUAUUGAUAGAGCUAUCCUCCUUCCAUCAGAUCUUGUACCUGCUAAGCAAGAAGGCGACACUUCCAAUGCCAAUGCUGAAAGUGGAGGGGUAGACAAGGCUGCUGACAGUGCAGAGAAGGGGCAGGCUCAAUUGCAGGAUAAUGACCUGUCCGCGGGAACGACUCUAGAGAAUGCUUGAAUGGAGACAGGAAUUUUGGAAAUCUGGAGAUUAGAUAUUUAACUCAUACCCGUUGUAAUAGCUAUACCGUCCACUCUCUUUAGUCGUAUAUAACCAAGGAUAUUGUCUUGUUCAUCACGACCCUAUU